GGUAAAGAGGGGGAGUUGUGUGAAGGGACAGAGGAAGCAGGAGAGGAGGACAGACAGAGCCAAGGCAGACCCAGAGACCGAAGCAAGGAGACCAACAUGCGAGGGAUGAAUAAAGGCUUCGUGUGCCUCCUGCUCCUGUCCAUCGCGGCUGUCGCCAUCCCUGCCCCAGAAGACAGGAUCCGCCGCCAGGAUGAGGGUGAUGGAGCAGCUGAAACUCCAGAAGCCGUUCCUGGCAGCGAAGCCACACCAGCCCCAGGCGACUGUAGGGAGGUUCAGUACCCCUGCACCCGGGUGUAUUCGGUGCAGAAGCCAGUCAAGCAGUGCCUCAGCUACCUUUGUGUGACCAGCGUGAGACGCGUCUACAUGUUGAACAAGGAGAUUUGUACUCGUCUUAUGUGCAAGGAGCACGAGGUGAUCCUCGACGAGAAGUGUCGACAGAAGGCAGGACUCCCACCAAGACGCUUCCAGCCCCCCGAAACCACGGACGUGAAGCCAACCCCCGAAGAAGGAGCUUAAACCAAGGAGAUAUUUGCACCCCCCAAUUCCCACACGUCUAUAGUGCACCUCGAUAUCCCAGAAACCUUGCUCUAGAAAUACAGGCAACAAUUUAGGUCGUCCCCAUCCCAGGUACACUCCCCACCAUCUAUUUUUUUCACUACUCCGUUUUCGCUCUUUCACCGCCCCUCGUGUGACCCUUCCUUGGUGCUGUUAUGGAUCUGUUCAACCCCCAAUCCCCCCCCCACCGUGGUUCAAGGACCCUGAUGCCCAAGGGGCAACCGAAGCUGGCGUGGCCAGGGUAGAAGUUGGCACCAACGCAGACGUAGCUCCAGUUCCUCUGCUCCACUUCUUUGUAUUGUUUCAUGUGUGGAUCUGUAACUCAGCAAAACGAAUUACAAUAUAAACCAAUUUUAUAAUCCUAAUUGGACGCUCUGCCCAUUAAUAUCCCUUAAACGUGUUCUGUCUUGUACCGAUAUAUCCUAUUUCCAUUAUAUACAUAUAUGUACCAA